UCGUACUUUGGUCAUCAACCUCGCACCAUGGGCCCGCCUCUCACUGAACUCGCCGUCAAGCACGGCACGGACAAGCACAGAGAAGGCAAGGUGUCUGUCACUCGACAGGGCACCACCAUGGAAGUCGGCGGGCACCUGUACGCACCGCAUUACGACUUCCACUUUGGCCCUUUCCGGCACCGCGAGAUCAACGUUCUGGAGAUUGGCGUGGGCGGAUUUGAAAACCCCAAAGCUGGAGGCGAGUCUCUACGUAUGUGGAAAGAGUAUUUCCCCAAGGCGCAGGUUGUGAGCCUCGACUACUACGACAAGACGGCGCUGCAAGAGGACCGCAUUCGCAUCUACCGCGGGAGCCAGGACGAUACAGCUCUCCUGAAGAGAAUGCACGACGAGUGCGGCGGCUUUGACAUCAUUGUCGACGACGGCAGCCACCGCUGCGAUCAUGUCAUUGCCUCAUUUAGCAUUCUAUUCCCGCUAUUGAGGAGCGGUGGCAUUUAUGCUGUGGAAGACUUGGAGACGUCAUACUGGAAGGUCACUGGUGGUUCCAGCACUGACUUGAACGCGACGACGUCGUCCAUGGGGUUCUUCAAGAGUCUGCUCGACGGGCUGAAUCACAAGGAGUUCGAGAUUCCUGGGUAUCAGCCAACGUACUUUGACAAACACAUUGUGUCUAUGACCUUUUACCACAACCUGGUCAUUGUCUACAAGGGCAACAAUGACGAAGAGAGCAAUGUGAUUGUGGACAAUCAAAUGCCGGAAGCGCUAGCGUCUCUGUAUCCAAAGUUUGACUGGUUGAACGCGACUUAAUCAGCGUCCCAUAAGAACACAAUGCUUCAUACUCCGUAGUAGACUGAGUCUAAUAAAGGCCUAUUAUGUGUCAGUGCUUUGAUUGGAAAUGGUGCCGUGUACAAUUUUUUGGAAUUCGAAGGACGAGCCCUUGUAUCUUCUUAUGCGGUAGUACGCUUUACUCACU